GGUUAGUGAUUGGCUGCCGUACAUGUCAAUCAAAGAGUUUAGAAGUGACGUCAUCGAGUCUGCGCCCAGCUUCCGCAUGAUGGCGACAGAAGCUGAAGACAGAUGUCAAUGCUGUGGACAGUGAAGGUGGUUGGCCUGGGGUUGGCUGCUCUCUCUCUGAGUUUGGAGCUGCUUGUCUGGCUCAUCCGUCGCCUCAGGCCUGGUAGAAGCCUCAAUGAAGUCCUGUUUUUUCCCUCAGAAAUAGCUUGUGUAGAGCACAUGUUCACUCCUACUUCACCGUAUUCCUGUUUCUGUGUGUUGCCUCAUGGGGUAGAGACCUCUUUCUCCCGUCUUCUCCACCACAUCCUGUCCACUACCUCCUCUCUGGACCUGUGUGUUUUUGCUUUUUCGAACAUGGAUCUGAGCAGAGCUGUUUUGAUGCUGCAUAGCAAGGGUGUAGCCAUCCGAAUCCUCACUGACAAAGACUACACUGCCAUCCCCGGGUCGCAGAUUGGGGUCCUCCGCAAAGCCGGCAUCUGUGUAAGGUACGGUGUGGAUACUGUUCAUAUGCAUCACAAGUUUGCAGUGGUGGAUGGCCGGCUGCUCAUCACUGGCUCCCUCAACUGGACACUGACAGCAGUACAGAGCAACAUGGAGAACAUCCUCAUCACUGAGAUGCCGGAGCUGGUGCAACCGUUCAUUAAGGAGUUCCACACACUGUGGGCGCAAAAUGAUCCAGCUCGAGUCCACCGCUCACUUGACCAAACACCUCCUCAAGUUCAAUAACUAAUAAGCCAAAAAAAUUCUUCCACAGUUGAUAUUUUCUUGUUAGGAAGUCUGUCUGCUACUUUAAGUUACGAUAACUGGUCUGCUUUUGAAAGAGACAUGUUCAUCAAGUUGAAUCCUAGAUAUGUGUUUAAAUGUUUUAUUACUUUGAUUUCAUUAUGUUCAAAAACCCCUCUUUUGAAGAACUGUAGUACCUCAGAACCUAAGAAAAGGAUACUAUUGUGCAGUUGAAAUAAGUUCUAUUUUUGUUAGUUGAGAACAUUUUUAAGUUUUUAAAACAAAGUUUGUGUGUAUGUACAAGGGUUUUCUUGUACGGUGUUAUUGAACUCUCCCUCAGAACGAAGGGGAAAAUAUGUAAGUUAAUGAGAGUUUUAAUUACUUAAAACUAAGUUAUUUAUCAGUCUAAGUCAUUGUUUACUGUUAUCUCUUGCAGACUAUGGUGAAAAAUCCAGGGUGUGUUCCUGUUGGUUUCAGGAGCUACAUUUUGCUGAGCACCAAUAAAACCCCCUUAUUUCAUGCUGCAA